AUGAGUUGUCAAUCAGAAUUUGCGAUGAAGAGGAAUCGCUGUGAGCUAGGAUUAACCAUACGCAUUCUGACAGUGAAGCAUACAAGACGCGCUAUUUCAAGAAGAGAUAUUUCAAGAAACACGAGUUACUUCUCGAGGAUACAAAUGCCUUCACUGAGUUCUCAAUUUAACAACAUGUCCACUACAUCGGACUGGCUUUACACGCAAAUUCUUAACAACUCAUCGACGGUGCUCUUACUGGAUUGUCGCCCGUACAACGAAUACUCACAAUCUCACGUUCCUACCGCCAUUAACCUGGCUGUACCCUCGCUGAUGCUCCGAAGACUGAAGAAAGGCUCUUCGGUGAAUUUCGCGAACAUGAUUAACACCGAGGAUGGAAAACGACGCUUCGCAAAACGCGAUCUCAUGGAUAAAAUUGUAAUCUAUGAUGGCUCGACAGACAACCUCACAAACACGGCUUUGGAACUUAUUAUGCAACGGCUCGCAGCGGAAGGCCUAGACAAUAUAUUUUACUUAAAAGGUAACCAAAAGCUUUUAUAUAUCGCUUUAUACUAUACGAAUAUUCUGAUAAAAAUUUAAUCUACCCUAACAUAUUUAGCCGAAUAUUUUACGACUAUUCUGUUACAACCAAAUACAUUACAAAUUCCAAUGUACCAUUUAGUUUUAGCCAUAAAAGUUUAAUCUCGUGAGAAUCCCUUUUAGCUUUUUCGCAAUUUUUAAGCACUGUAUAAUAAAUCGAUUUUCAUAAAUGUGGUUUUUCUAAAUUCGAUUUUCUAAACAAGUGGCUGUAUUAAAUUUAGAACUGUAAAUUUAGCCCUCGAGGCGUAGGUAGUGAGAGGCAAUAUUUACCAUGACAAUAUUUGUAUAAGGUCGCUUCAAACCGUAGAGAUACCAGAUGCAUGUUUAAUGUACAGAUGUAAGUUAAUUAACUUGGUUUUAUACCAAAGGGAGUUGCAAACUUUUUAUACUUUUGUAGUCGACACUGCUUGACGCUUGUAUGUUGUAUAUUUUAGGCGGUUUCACGACGUUCAAAAGCGACUAUCCUAAUCUCUGCGAAUCCGAAGAAGCAGACCAGAGCGGACCGUCUUACAUUCGCCUAUCGGAUCUACGUAUUUCGAACGACGACACAAGUCCUCUGAAAACCUGUGCCCCGAGUAGUCCGUUCAACGAGUCGAAAGUCAGGAAAGGCGCCGUUGAAAUUUUACCCAACUUAUACCUCGGCAACGCAAGAGAUGCCUCCGAUUUGAGAGAACUUUUAGACAGAAACAUUACUUAUAUUUUAAACGUGACCAAUGAUAUCCCAAACAAGUUCGAAAAUGACCCGCGGUUUACCUACAUGAAUCUCAGAGUGCAAGACAACUGGCAGACGAACUUGGCCGAUCACUUUCAAGAGGCUUUCAAAUUUAUUGGUGAGUAUUCGUCGCUGUUUAAAUCGCUUUAAAUAUAGAAUCGUAAUUUGAAUCGUAAUUAGAACGAAUUAGAAUUGUUCUUUAGAAUAACAAAACCGUUCGAAUUCGAAUUAGAACAUGUUUAAAUGUUCUUCGGAACUCAUAAAACAUUCGAAUUCGAAUUAGAACAUCUCAAAAAGUUCUUCGGAAUUGCAUAAAAUGUUCUAAAUCAAAUUAGAAUAAGCUAUGAUUUAUCUUUUAGAAUUGUAUAUCAUUCUAAUUCGUAUUCUAACUGAAUUUCGAAUCUAAUUUGAAUUCGAAACACGUGUUGGAUAUUCGCGCGAGACUCGGUUUUGCCACAUUUGCGGUUAACCUUUUAUUGGAAUUCGUCCAAAUAAUUCAAGAUCGAUUUUGAAGUUUUGAAUUACGGAUCAUCAAAAGCGUAACUAAUCGAAAAACUUGUACCUAUUUGUCAAUUCAAACAACUUUACACCUAAUCGCGAUUGAUAAAACACGAACGUUUAUUUGAAACAAAACAACCAAAAUUUAUUCGCGAAACGGGAGUCUGCACAGGAAACGCGAGAGACCCUUCAUUAACCUUUGGAGUUUUUUUGGCUGCGGGCAAAAAUCAAUCUGGGAGAGGCGAUUUUAUCUAAAAUUGCGAAGGCCGUUUUCGAGACUAUUAAUAUGCGCUUGUAAAAUACACAGCUUGUAAAAUAAUACGCGUAUACAAUCGUCGAGUGUUUUUUGUUCGUAUUUAAAAUUUUUUAAAAGAGCGUAGGAGUUGACGAGUUGUUGACGGAAAUGUGAAUGAAAAGAUUAGCAUUUUGGUAUUGGCUUUCAAUUCCUAUUAACCGAAGGAAGGAAACGUUAUUAUAGUUUAUUGGCAGUGCAUAUAGUCGAUUCUAAUUCUUCUAUAAAUGGUAAUUUUUCUCCCUCUUUUCUUAAACAGUUUAGUUUGGUAUUUUUAAAUGUUUUUAAUCUAACAAGAGAUUAGCUGUUUGUAUUCGGAUCAUUUUCCCAAAAUCGUUGUUUAUAUAGAAACAAAUCCAUUUUUUUCUUGCACAAUACAAAAUCUGUCUGCCUAUUAUUAAAGUAGUUUCUAAUGUUGUUGCCCUCUGGUUGUUGCCUGACUCUUAAGAGUUUUGAUUUUAUGCCAGUGAUACACACUCGUUGAUAUCAAGGCAGAUGUAUGUAAUUAUAUGUUAGCUAUUUCUAAACAGUGACUGUUAAAAUUUCGUUUACCUUGCAGUUUUCAAUCUCAUUUUCUCAUUCUAUUGAAAAAUAAAGUAAUUAAAACGUUCCCGAAUAUCUAAUGACUAAAUAAAUUGUUCGUUUGUAUUGAAACAUCAUUAACCGGAAUGUAUUAUCUCUUAUUCUUCAGAUGAAGCCAGACUUGAUGGUAAAGCGGUUUUGGUGCACUGUCUCGCUGGUAUCUCCCGUUCUGUGACUGUCACCACAGCAUACCUCAUGGAACACGAGCAUCUCAGUUUAAACGAUGCCUACGACCUCGUGAAACGCCGAAAAUCCGACAUCUCGCCUAACUUUAGUUUCAUGGGCCAACUGCUCGAGUUCGAACGACGUUUGAAUAUUCCCGCAACGCCGAGUUCCGCGUCCAGCAGUCUGUCUUCGACCAGCAGUUUGGAAAUGGAAAUCAGCGCGUUCUGAAUGGCCUGACGUGAAUUUGAAGUUUGGGGUCGCGAAAUCGUCUUUCCGAGCUUCGCGAUAUUCGUCGAACAUUGAAAUGGUUCUUUCGAACACCGAAAACGUUCUUAUGAAGAUUUAAAUUGUUCUAAUGAAGAAAAGUUGCUGUUUGGAACAUUGAAAUUAUUCAUUAGAACUUUCAACCUGUUCUUUCGAACAUUGAAAUCGUUCUCUGGAACUUUGCAAUCGUUCUUCGAACUUUACUACAUGAAAAAUAGUGAAUUUCUUACUCGGGUCUCAUAAAAUGGACAGAAAUCAUUGAACUAAACUAUUUUUAAUUAGAAAAUUCACUGAUUGAUGUCUCACUUUAGAGUUUGUUUAGUUUUCCGCUGACAUUUAAUACAACUUUAGUAAUUUAUUAGAUACGCCCAAAUAACUUAUUAUCCCUGCAAAUAGAUCAAAGCUUGCCGCGUCGUUAACUCGGCAAGUGCUGCCUCGAACAAUAUUGUAAAUAGCCCCAGAGUGUAAAUUAUAUAAGAUUAUAUGAAUUUCUAUAUUAAGAGUUAAGUUCUAUAAAAUAUUCGUUUGUAAAUAUGCAAUAAAAUUUGUAUGAAUUUCCGUUCUCAUAUUCCAAUUAAAAAUAUUUGAAAAUAGCCGAGUCUCUGUUUGUUUGU